CGUCGCCGUAGCAAAACCAUGUCUGACAUUCGCUCCGAGCGUGAGAUCAAGGAGGUCUUUGAUCUCUUUGACCGCAAGAACAACGGCCGUGUCGCGCCCGAGGAUCUUGGGACUUGCCUCCGGUGCCUUGGACAGAACCCGACGGUCAAGGAGCUUGACGACGUGAUGGCGACGCAGAACUCUGCGCUCGACUAUGCGGCGUUCAAGGCGGUGUACAUGCGGCCGCGCGAGCCGGAGCCGUCGUUUGAGCAGCUUGUGGAGGUGUUCCGCGUCUCGGACCCGCACCGGACAGGGACAAUCAACAAGAACGAGCUCCAGCGGAUGCUCAUGCACAUCGGCGACAAGUUCUCGCUCGAGGAGUUCAACAUGCUGAUGAAGAAGGCCGACGAGCAGGACGGCGAGGUCGACUACGAGUCGCUCAUCCGCAAGAUGCAGCGCUGAACGUGACCUGCGCGCCGUCGCCUUGCAACUAAACCUUACUGCUCUUCCC